CAUCGCUCCUUCCCCCACCACUUCCGGUCUUGGCCCUCCCGCUCUGUUUGAACCUCGUGUGACUUUCGCCCUCCCUUCUUCAUCCCUAAACAUCUCCUUCACCUUCAGACAUCUUCACUGACCGGCCUCGUAUCCGAAUAUCCAACUAUUCCUUAGAUGUCGAGAUGGGAACCAAAACUCCGCAGAACAGGAAUCAUUGGAACAACGAUGGCCCUCCAAAUGCCAAUGGAGCCGGGCACCUCGGUGGGGAAGCACGGGGCGCUCAUACAUCCAGAGACGGGGAUGGAUCUCUCGGAGAGGGCGGAGGCGACGACGAUAGCGACGGAGAUGGCGACGACAAUGCACACGGAACCAACAUGAUCCUCCCCCAAGCUUCCGUUUCCCAAGCCGAAGCAACCAAACCACAGAAGAAGAGAAAGAAGUCCAAGAAGAAGAAAAAGGCAGUGAGUAUUCCUCAGCAACAAACCUCACCGCCAAGUAUCUUGCUCAGCGACCUCUUCCCAUCCGGUGUCUACCCUGAGGGUGAAGUACAACAGUACUCCAAGGCAUCCAUCCUCGCCGCUGAACGCCGUUAUGACAUUACACAACUGUCCAACGAUGACGUCUUCCUUCAAAACUAUCGUCAGGCCGCCGAGGUGCACCGCCAAACUCGAAAAUGGGUACAAGACACUGUUAGACCUGGGCAAUCCUUGUUGCACAUCGCCGAAGGAAUCGAAAAUAGUGUUCGGACGUUGUUGGGACAUGCCGGAUUGGAUCCUGGUGAUAGCCUCAACGCAGGCAUGGGCUUUCCCACCGGCCUCUGCCUCAACCAUCAGGUUGCGCAUUACACACCUAACCCAGGCCAGAAGGAUGUCAUUCUCCAGCAAGAAGACGUCAUGAAGGUCGACUUUGGCGUUCAUAUCAAUGGCUGGAUUGUGGAUAGCGCGUUCACCAUGGCUUUCGAUCAUACAUAUGACACCCUCUUAACUGCGGUGAAGGAAGCUACCAAUGCUGGCGUCAAGGCCGCUGGCAUCGAUGUGCGUAUCUGUGACGUUAGCGCUGAAAUCCAAGAAACCAUGGAGAGCUAUGAGGUGGAAGUCACGGGCAAAACGUAUCCCAUCAAGCCGGUGCGAAACAUUACAGCACACAACAUCAAGCAGUGGCGCAUUCAUGGCGGCAAAUCCAUACCAUUUAUCAAGAACUCGGACCAGACCAAAAUGGAAGCAGGCGAGGUCUUUGCCAUUGAGACAUUCGGUACAACCGGCCGUGGUUAUCUGCGUGAUGAUGUCGGAAUAUACGGCUACGGCCUGAAUGAUGACGCCCCAUUGAGGAUCCAUUCCCCAUUGCCCUCGGCAAAAAGGCUGCAUAAGACCAUUAGAGAGAAUUUCGGAACUGUGGUCUUUUGCCGUCGAUACCUUGAGAGACUCGGCGUUGACAAGUAUUUGGUCGGUAUGAACCAGCUCAUCUCCAAUGGAGUGGUGGAGCCCUAUCAACCCUUGAUGGACAUCAAAGGCUCCAACGCCGCCCAAUUUGAACAUACGCUCAUCUUGCGUGAAACACACAAAGAAAUUCUCAGUCGUGGAGACGAUUACUAGCGAGACCGCGGUCUUGGACCUUUCCUGCUGUCGUGCCUUUUUAUUGUCUUAGCCCUUGGUGCUGGUUUUCAUCCCAUGAUUGGGUUUCCCAGCACUGUGACGCAAAUGCGAAGGGAUUAGUCUUGUAUCUAAAGUACUUUCGUUGCAUGAAGAAUUUGAUUCCAUCCAUUUCAA